AUGGCCAACGGCUCCGACUCCCCGCCCCAACGGUCCGCACCGUCUGGCCGGAAAGGCUCCAAGAAGGUCAGGACUGGCUGCAUAACCUGCAAAAUCCGCAAGGUAAAAUGUGAUGAGACCAAGCCGUUCUGUCUACGGUGUACAAAGACAGGACGCAAAUGCGACGGAUACCUGGAUCCCAAGGCCCUCGCCUCACGAAGACGGUCCAAGGACCAGGAUGCAAGACCCUAUUCAUCUCUGUCCCUGUUGUUGGAAUGGGCGUCGCCGGAGGAGCAGCGCUCCUUUCACUUCUUCCAGCAGGUCGCAGCACCCAAACUAUCCGGUGACCUCGACGCCUUCUUCUGGAAGGUGCUCGUCUUGCAAGUAUGCCAAAGCGAGCCAGCCGUUCGGCAUGCGGUGCUUGCUGUGAGCAGUCUGUAUGAGGACCUGAUGCAGAACGAGCUCAACACCACCCACAAACGAUCCUUUGCACUUCAGCAGUACAACAUGGCCAUUGCGUGCCUCCUCGACCAGAUGAACGGUUCGGCGAACAGGCCCAUCGGGUCCCUCCUGACGUGCGUGCUCUUUGUCUGCAUCGAGUUCAUGCAGAGCAAGGACAGGGAGUCGAUGAUCCAUCUCGAGCAGGGCCGGCAGAUCCUCGUCCAGCUGGACAAGCAGGCCGCAAAUUCUCAGGACCCAGACAUGGCCAUUAUCAAAGAGCACCUUGUUCCGAUCUACACAAGAUUAAGCCUGAACUCGUUUCUAUUCGGCGGCACACCAGUGGCCAUACCGGAUUCUCUCAAACUAUUAAGCCAGAUUCCUGCGUCUUUCAACUCGAUCUUUGAGGCUCGCUACACCAUCUACGAAUUCCUCGACCGGGUCUUGAGAUUUACCCAGAGAUCUCGGCCACUCAGGUACAAGAAGCGGGUUUCUCGGGAGGUCUUGCGAGGGUUCGAGUCCGAGCAAGACUAUCUGUUCGGUCAGCUGUCCAAGAUCAACGUCGCCAUGUCCCUCUUCCAAGCAUCCGCAGCAAAAGACGCCACGGACGCCGACCUGGCCGGCCUACGGUUAUACCUUCACAUCGUCAAGAUAUGGAUCGGCACGGCCCUCAGCAACCGAGAGACAGAUUUCGACAGCCACGUCGACUCGUUCUCGGCCGUCGUCCCGCUUUGCGCCACCACCAUCGAAGCCGCCGCCUCCGCCCGACAGAAGGAAGGACACCACAACCACUACCACCACCACCACCGAGCGCAAGCGACAGCCGCAGCACCCCCGCCAUCCCGAUCGAUAUCGCCGCCCAGCAGCACGGGAGGAGGAGCCCGCGACUCGUUCUUCUUCACGAUGGAGGCCAACACGAUCCCCCCGCUCUACUACGUCGCCACCAAGUGCAGGCACUCGCUCAUCCGCCACGCGGCCGUCGACCUCCUGCGCCGGAGCCCCGUGAGGAAGGAGAACCUCUGGCGCGCGGACGCGGUCCUGCCCCUGGCGGAGCACGUCAUCGAGCUCGAGGAGAGGGCCGUGCAGGAGGAGGCGGGACCGCCGCCGACGACGACGGGUCCGUUCGGCUUCCCCGCCAACAAACACGAUACGUCGCCGGAGCCCUGGGGCCACCGGCUCUCGGAGCUCCUCGUGGCCGACGCAUUCGACACCACCACCACCACCACCACGACGGGGAUGACCACCGCCGCCUCGACGAGCAACCCUGCCCUGGCGGCGGCCCCGAGCAGGCCGCUGUCGACGACCAGUAGCUUCCGCGACGCGCCCUUCCCGCCGCCCCUUCUCGGUGCCGACGCGGGGCCCCACGGCCUCGACCUCGACCUCGACGUCCCCGUCGACCCGGCCAUCCUCAUCGAGGCCGCCGAGAUCGCCGCCUCCUCGUCGCAGCACUCCUUCGGCGGCGCCACGGCCUUCUCCUCCCCCGACGCCUUCGGCGGCGACUCGACGACCAUCCUGCUCGACGUGGGGGCGGCGCCUCCCCUCUCGGAGCCCGGCUUCCUCGGCAUCCCCGCCGCCACCGGGAGCGCCAGCCGCAGGCAGGAAACGGCGGCGGCCGAGACUCUACCGGUGCGCAUGCACGACGUGCAGCACCGCCACCACCACCACUACCAGCAGCAGCGGCCCUCGGCGUCCCCGGCAGGAAGCAGCUCGGGCGGCGCCGGGUCCUCGCCGGGCCGGUCGCAGCAAGGCACGCAGCAAGGCACGCAGCAGCGGGGCAGCACGGAGGCGCCGUUCGGCCUGCCGGAGCACCUGCGGGUGCACGACGUGAUCAUCGGGCCCGAGGACGACGGCGGCAGCUGGAUCAUGGCGUUUCGGAAGCUCAAGGGUCUGGACGGGGACUGGGAUGUCCGGACGGAGUAUGUGGCUGUUGCUUGA